GACUCCGCCCCCGGCGCUGUGAGAUAGCGCUGCAGCGUUUUGUUUUGGUUUGAUUUUUUAAACAAGGGCAGAGAAGAAGAAAAAGAGAUAUUCCAAUUCCAAUUCCAACACAACACAGAGAGAGAGAGAGAGAGAGAGAGAGAGAGAAAAGAGCGUUUUGUUUGUAAGCGGCAAUCCGAAGCAGAUUCUUUGCCAUUUUCCAUCUCUAAUUCUCUCCCUAUUUCAGUUUUCAAUUUCAAAAUCCACUUUGAUUCUCAACAACCUCUUCACUUUGUGUGACGAACUCGAUCUUCGCUCUUCUGAUUGAAUUAAUUAGCCGGAACUCAAUUAUUAUUUCUCUUCUGGAGAUGUUUUUGUGGAGUAACAAUCAGAGAAGUAGUACAGUCCGAUCGCUGAAAAGCUAAAAAGUGAAUGCGCCUUUCAGAUCUCCACACCGAGGCAUAUAUUCUCCGAUCCGCCAGCUUUUGCAGGUGUUCACGUCGUCCUGAACGAUUCAAUUCUGGCUGGAAAAGGAUUUUCGAAUUCAGCGAGAGAAUUCGACUAUUUGGAGGGCUUCGAAUUCAAAAUCCAGAAAUUACGCGACGAAUUCGCGGAAAACUGUUCCCAAUUAGUACGUCCUCGGUAAUUCUCCCAAUAGUCGACGAUGGAGCUUCCCCAACCCCCCCGUCCCCUCGGAAACGAAGGACGGAAACCAACACAUGACUUUCUGUCGUCACUCUAUAGUCAUUCAACUGUCCAACAAGAUCCAUGCCACUCCUUCCAAGGAGGGUAUAUUAAAACGCAUGAUUUUCUACGUCCGCUGGAACGGAUUGGGAAGACAUGUGCCAAGGAAGAGACAACGGUCAAUGUGUCAGCGCCGCCGUUAGCAGCUCCUCCGGCUCAGAAUUCGCGUCUUCUACCAGGUGGAAUUGGUUCUUACAGUAUAAGCCACAUUUCUUAUUUCAACCAGAGGGCUCCAAAGCCAGAAGGAUCGGUGUUUUCAGUUGCUCAACCGAGUAACACUGACAAAAGUGAUGAUGACUCCCGCUGUAGUUCUUUGUCUGGAAGUGGCUUCACGUUGUGGGAAGAAUCUGCAGUUAAAAAGGGAAAGACAAUGAACGAGAAUUUGGGCGAAAAGCCCGGUUUAAGGGAAUCAACGGCGAAGAUUGAGCAAUGGGCCGUUUCGACGGAGCGGCCAUCGCAAUCAUCAUCAAGCAACCAUCGCAACAGCUUCAGCUCUCUCUCAUCCUCUCAGCCUUCAGGCCAGAGGAACCGGAGCUUUGAUGAGAUGUUAAAGUCCGCGGUGAAGGUUUCCUCCGAGGAAGAGGAACUAGACGACGGCAAAGUAUUUGUUAUUAAGAAGGAAUCAUCACCAUCCACUGCCUACGAAGGUGAAUUGAGGAUAAAUGUCGGAGGAAAAUGCUCUGAUCAGAAGGCUAACACGCCGAGGUCCAAACAUUCUGCAACAGAACAGCGCCGAAGGAGCAAAAUUAAUGAUAGAUUUCUGAAGUUGAGAGAAAUUAUUCCUCGUAGCGACCAGAAGAGAGACAAGGCAUCAUUUCUGUUAGAGGUUAUAGAGUACAUUCAGUUUCUACAAGAAAAGGUUCGCAAGUAUGAAAGCUCUCACCAAGGAUGGUACCCUGAACCGACGAAAUUAAUUCCCUCGAGGAACAAUUGCAAUCCAGCACAAUGUUACAUUGAUCAAUCUCAAAUAGCAAAGAGUAGUCCUGUAUUUAUAUUUGCUGCCAAGUCCGACGAGAAAAAUAAUCCUCACUCUUCAGCGUUUCCGAGGUACUCGCUCUAUCCAGUAGAAUCUGAAAUUAGUACCGCCACUACUUUCAGAGGAACGGAUCACCAUCCUGGAACAACCAACAAAGCAACACCCUACCCGAUGUCGCAGCCACGCCAUUUCACACCUGUCGUAGGUGAAGGUGCAAAAACUAAAUUCCAUUCUCAAUUGGCAUAUGAUUCAGACAACAAACCAUGUGAAGCGCAACCAGCAUCAUGUGAGAUGAGAUCAUGUUCUAACGACGUUGCUGCUGUUGGUAACAAGCUGAAAAAACCUGAGCAGAGUGUUGAAGGUGGUAGAAUUAGCAUCUCAAGUGCCUAUUCUCAAGGGUUGUUGAAUAUUCUCACACAAGCGUUACAGAGUUCUGGAGUGGAUAUGUCUCAGGCCAGCAUCUCCGUACAGAUAGAACUUGGAAAGAGGACCAAUUAUAGAGAAACUGUCCCUACGUCUGCUAUUGUGGAUGAUUCUGUUCGCCCAAGUGAUGGAGGGACCAUUCGUACCAGAGUUGCAGCUACGGAGCACUUGGAGCAGGCCUUAAGCAAGAAGCAGAAGACAUAAAAAGAGAGGAUAUAACAAGUGUUCUCCCAUUAAUUCAAUUUAAUUAUAACAUGGAUCACUUCAUUUUUUUAUUAUAAUUGGGAUUUGGAGCUUUGCUCCUCAAUACCCUGGAGAAUCAAGGCUCAAACGUGAGACCGCUAAGCCAGCAUGAUUAAGAGAGCCUAUGUCCUUACCAACCAAGCCGCUCUUUGGGGCUACAUCGCUUCAGUUUUACGUUCCAUUUCUUCCAUGGGGUUUAUGGUCUUUCAGUUAUAUGGGAAUCUAUGGCAUCUGACCCAGAUUGAUUGUACAUUAGGGUAGUUUAUUUUCGUAUUAUUGGGAAUCGCCACUUUUCCCCAUGAAUGUGAGUAUUGUAGCUAGUUUUGAUUUUUCUUUUUUGGGCAUUCCCCAUCUGGUGAAGCUGUAGCCUGCUUGGAAGUUGGGCUUCCCUAAAAUAUUUAGAGGCUUUUUUAUCAUGUAAAGACUUUCAUUCGAUGUAAAAUUGGUCUCAUUGCUCGUUUUUCUUGUUUAUUUUUAGGAAUGAAUCAAUAACAAAACGUGUGUAGUUUGCUCUUGAA